GUCGCCAAGCCGGUCAGGGCGCUCUGCCCGACCCAGGGCGCCCGAGUUAUUUUGUUCCUUGGCGUUUGCCGUCCAUUCCCCGCACCCGCUCGAGCCGGGACAACAGGAAGUGCCGGUGCCGUGUUGGGAGCCUGCCAUGGAGUUCUCUGAGGAGAAGCUGAGGAAGUGGCUGAGCAAGUAUAAAUUUCGAGAUCUGACCAUAGAAGAACUGAAGAGUGUAAAUGAAUUAUAUCCCAACGUCAGAUUCGCUAUGAGUACCUAUACUUUUAAGGAUGGGUCCCAGAAAGACCUUCUGAAUUUUAGUGGUACAGUUCCAGUGAAAUAUCAAGGGAGUUCUUACAACAUUCCAAUUUGGCUAUGGAUUUUAGAUUCUCAUCCUCUUACUCCUCCAAUUUGCUACUUGAAGCCCACAGCAAACAUGGGGAUUUCUGUAGGAAAACAUGUGGAUGCCCGGGGAAGGAUCUACUUGCCAUAUCUACAAAACUGGACCCAUCCACAGUCAAUGAUUGUAGGAUUGAUAAAGGAAAUGACCAUGAAAUUUGAAGAGGAGCUUCCACUGUACUCAUUAUCAUCUGCUGAUGCUGCCAGACAGUUGGAGUUGCUAUCUUACAUUGCCAAAAUUACUGAAGGUGAAAAUAACCUACAAUCAAAGGGAAAUGGGAAAGAAUAUGACAGAGAAUUUAACAAAAUUACAGUAGUUGGAGCUGGAGAUCUGGGCCUUGCUUGUGCACUGGCUAUUUCAGCAAAGGAUAUUGUUGACAAGGUGGUAGUUUUGGACUGCUCUGAAGGUACUGUAAAAGGAGGUACAAUGGACCUGGAAAUCUUUGCCUUGCCAAAAGUGGAAAUCAGCAAAGAUUUUUCUGCCUCUGCACACUCAAAAUUGGUGGUGCUUACAGUGAAUUCCUUAGGCAAUGCUGACUCUUAUCUGGAUGUUGUUCAGAGCAAUGUGGAAUUAUUCAGAAACAUUAUUCCAUCAGUAGCACAUUAUAGUCAAAACAGUGUGUUUCUUGUCGCUUCUCAGCCCGUGGAAAUAAUGACAUAUAUAUCUUGGAAGAUGAGUGGAUUUCCUCAAAGCAGAGUUAUUGGCAUUGGUUGUAAUCUGGACUCUGCAAGAUUUCAACAUAUUAUUACAAACUUGUUGAAAGCUGAAACUAGAGACAAAGGGCAUUGGAUUGUUGGUGAACAAGGAGAAAACAAAGUGACAGCAUGGAAUGCGACUAAUGUAGCAGCAGAUCAUCAGGAUGAAGAUGUAAUAAAUGAUAAUGCUGAGAAGCUAUUGACUAACAGAGCAAUGGAAAUUUUGAAAGGCAAAGGCCAAAGAGCGUGGUCUGUUGGUCUGUCAAUAGCUGAUCUGUCUGACAGUAUACUAAACAAUAAAAGAAAAGUACAUUCCAUAUCAACUAUGAUGAAGGGCUGUUACAAUAUCAACUGUGAAGUAUUUUUAAGUGUGCCUUGUGCCCUUGGAAUCAAUGGAGUGAUUGAAAUGAUCAAACUAUCAGAUGAGGAUGCUGUAGCAGAGAAACUGCAGUCGAGUGCUGCAUCAAUUCAUGAUCUUCAACAGCAGUUGAAACUUUGAAUAGUGUGGAGGAUCAUUUUGUUCCUAAAAAUAUUUCACAUUUAAAGAAGAAGAAGCAGACACCAUCAGUGCCUCCAUGGCUGCCGAAACAUUACCUCACAACAUUGAAGCUUUACUACACUCCAGCAUCUUUAGUAAUAGGUACAAAGCCUCCUCUAACAAUGUUUUCUUGACAGUCAAAAUAAUUAAGCAGAAUAUACCAGUUUACAAAUGUUUUAUCACAAUGUACUGUGUCAACAGAAUGCCUAUUUUAUAAUGUGUCUGUUUUACAUUCUGCAUCAAAUAGUGUCAUCUUUGUCGUUUUUUCUUCUUGGGCCUUGCCUAUACAGACCUUUUCUAGUAGCAAUAGUGUACAGUGUUUUCAUCCUCUUCUCAUUGUGUCAGGUAUAGUAUUCAGAACUACACUCCCUUCGCAAAGUGUCCAUCCAAGAGUAAUGGACUGUGACCAUAGAUCUUAUUUCAACCAGUUGUGACACAUCUGGUACAGAUACUCUAUUACCACCUUGUAUGUAUUGGAGAGAACUGGCAAAUAUAAAUUUUAUACUUUUCUAAAGUCUAGAUAUGGAAAGAGCUGAUAACACGAAAUUGUCCAAAAUCCAAACUCAUGAUUCAGGUUACUUUAUUUCUUCAUAAAAUUAUAUUAGAGAAUUUUAGAAAAAUAAAGAAAUAAAACUGCAUAAAAUCACCUAAAGCUUGGGUAGAUGGUGGCAUUCAACAAACAUUUUGUUCAGGCCUAACAUGUCAGAAUUUUUUUCUUAGAGGACUCUGGGAUUCAUUCAGAUUUAGAGUGAGAUGACAGAUAACUGCAGCGCUAUAAGGGUUACAUUAAAUGGAUAUAUUGGGUCUGUGUGGUGAUGGUUGGGGAACCAUAUGCACUCCUCUUCGUAUGCACUGCUGCUUUAUGCCUUCUGCUCACUACUCCCUAAAGAGCCACACUCCACAGAAAUAUAGGGGAUUAUCCAGAGGCAACUGAGUACAAUAGAAGCAAGGACGUAAAUGCUAUAUUUUAAUUUAAAUAGUGAUUCAGGAACCCAGGCCAUGAUAAAACUGGAAUAUUUUUAGAAAUAUAUACCUGGGUAAUCCUUUUUAAACAUCUCUUAGUGGUAUAUAAAGGACCUGAAUGCACUGCUCAGCAUUUUGCACUGAUAGAUUUUAGCAUUUUUGAAUCAUGAUGUGAAAUCUCGCAGUAAGCCUUAACACUGGUAAAUAUUUGCCAGGCUGAUUAUCAAUAUAUGAUAUAUGCAUUUUGUAUUUUUGUUAUGACCAGAUGAAAUGUUGCCUUUCCAUUUUGCAUUGUACAUGUGAGCAAAUACCCUAUGGGGAGAAAUAGAAAAGGGGGGUAAUCGCAAUAAAAGUCUAAAGAACUGGGUAACAAUA